UGGUCAGUGUCACCGCCGCUCUCCUCCUCUCCUCCUCUCCAUCCUCCUCUCCUCCCGCUCAUCCUCCGGCAGCAUCCAUCUCUCCGGAUGUCCAGACCGCCUGAUUCCCCGCCGGGUCGCAGCAUCAGCACCAGGAAGUGAUGGCGCCGACGGUGAUGAGGGGAGACGAAUAUGGAAAGUGAACACCGAGAGACACCUGUGAUUAGCGCUUGACUUCUGGCCCGCAGCUGCGACACAAAAAGAUCGAUAGUAACUGCAACAGAUCUGCACACAUUUUGGGACAAAUGAGGACAGAGCGGAGGUCUGGUGAAGACAUGAACACAUGCCAAUGGAGUCGUCUCUGAACGCGGUGGAGCUCCAGGAGCUGCGAGGAGGCCGGAGAGACCGAUCCCCUGCACCUGCACCUGCCCCGGCCCCCGGGGGCGUCUCCGCUGCGGGCUGCGCCGCCUGGGGCUUCGAGAACGCCUCCUACCAGCAGGACGAGGAGCGGCGCCACCUGCAGGAGAAGCAGCACCAACCCGCUGGCUCUGCUGGCUCUGCAGGCUCUGCAGGCUGUCCGCCCUCAACGUCAGGCACCAGCAAGCACCAUCAGGAGGUUUCUUCGCCAUCAUAUGAUGAUGAUGACGCUGAUGAAGGAGGACCGGGAGGAGGAGGAGCAGGAGGAGGUGCAGGACGGGAGGACCUGACAGCAUUCAGCCCGGCGGACGACCACUCCGCCGACUACGGCUUCAUCCUGGCGCUGGUGUUCCUGGUAAGCGGGAUCGUGCUGGUGGUCAUCGCCUACACCAUCCCGCGGGAGGCCAAGGUGGACCCGGACUCGGUGUCGGCGCGUCAGAUGGAGAAGCUGGAUAUGUACUACGCUCGGCUGGGCUCCCACCUGGACAAGUGCAUCAUCGCGGGCCUGGGCCUCCUGACCCUGGGGGGGAUGUUCCUGUCCGUGCUGCUCAUGGUGUCCAUCUGCCGCGGCGAGAUGUACCGCCGCAGGACGGUGUUCGUCCGACCCAAGAGGACUUACGGCUCCAUCAACCUGAGGAUGAAGCAGCUGGCCUCCGGGGAGGCGGGAGGAGGCGACGGCGGUGACGGAGGGGAGGACUUUCUGGUGGAGCGCUCCGAGACGCGGAAUAACAUCCAGCCAGAGCCCAGCAGGGACUCCAGAUCAGAACCAGGACCGCGCAGACAUCCUCCUCCAGCUGCUGCGUGUGGAGUUUAAGACUCUGCUGAUGUGUUUCCUUCCUACGAGGGGGGGGGUGUCCAGUUGCAUCAUGGGUAUGCACAGUUGAGCAGGUCCUCCGUUGGUUCCCAGCAGGAGAAGCACAUCUUAAGCACAUUGCUUUCCGCUGGAUUGACCCAGCUUCAUCCCGCCAUCCCGGCGGGGAUGGACCUACGCUAUAGGCUUAAGGGAUAUUUAUUCUGACCAAUCAGAGACGAUGUAUGACACACAAAAGAAGGCUUGAUGAUGCAGAAGAAGAGAGAGGUAAGCCUGUAGUGGGGAGGAUAAGAGCACAUAUAUGGAGAUGAAUGUUUGAUUGUUGGAGAUCAGAGUCUCAAUGUUAAACACACGUUUUAAUCAGAUUGAGUCAUAAAUAUAAAGCAGAUUACAAUUUAAAAAAAAUGUUUAACACCGUUGUGAAAGUCUUUACGCUCAAAAGAUGGUCAACAUAUAAACCCAACCACAUAAAAUCCUCGACAGGAAUAUAACUCUAAACAUGUCUCAUGCUGCUGUGAGUAGAAACCACAAAUCUAGUAGAUAUUAUGGUGUAUAGAUAAGAAACAGAGCAUUAUUAUUGAUUUAACAAAGAGUGAUGGAAGGCUUGGUCUCAGACAAGUAAACAGAGGCAACAUUUACACUCACACCCAGCGUUAAAACGGCGAAGUGUGCAGAAAAACAACCGCAAACCUCGGAGCUGUGAAAGAAAGCAGUUUAAAUCUGCAUCACACAGCACUUGUGUCUCUCAUAGUGUCUUUUGGCACCUUUUAACUCUAAUUUGUUUCUCUGGCUGCACAUAAACUGCAUAGUUGAGCUUCACAGCUCUCAUAAGACACUUCAUUUCAUCUGGAUCAGUUUAUUAGAGAAGUAUAGGGUCUCAUAAUGCAAGGGCUUUAUCCAUAAUAAUUGCUUUUUUGUGAUAUCAUGAUGUUUUGGUGCCCACAUGAUGACUGUGACUUUAGUAGACGCUGCCUUUGAGCCCGUUCCUGACCUCUGUCUGGUCUUAAACUGCUCAAUGCCCCACUUUGAGCACUUGUUCAUGAAUUAUAAACAAUGAAGCUGCAGCUGGAUGUUAAAACCAGCGAGCCGGAGCCACCUGAUCAGCUGGUUAUUGUCUGUCAGUUCUAAUGAUCAGUCUUGAUUAUGACAGUGUUUCGAGUGGCAGAUAAAUUGGCUCGUUUAUGAAGGUUUCUUUGUUUUUUUUCCUCACAUGUCUAAGUAGACAUAUAUGUGAUUUCCAAAGCAAUGGGAGCUUCUUUUUUUUUUUUUUAAGACAGUUUUGUCAUCAAAAUAGUCACAAGAUUUAAAAAAAAAAAAAGUGCCCCAGUGCCAAUCAACAAUUAAUACAGUAUAUUGUUGACCUUAGCUGCCACAGCGUGCAACGUUUCUGCUGAGCCGUUUGAUGGAUUACUAAUUUGGGUCGGAGGUUGAGUUUUAAAAGCAGUGUUUUGGUUUAAAACUGCUGAAUUCAGCUGUGACGCGUUGCCAGUUGCAGAGCUGCUGGUCCGCAGGGUGCAGAAGUGAAAUGAGUCACUUUAUAAAGGUUAAUAAACUCGUAAAUGACUGCGUCAGCAGUCCAAAGGGACACCUGACGUUUCUCUCCAUCAGGUUUUCUUUUACAUCAACACUUCAGGAUGCUGUCUGAGUAAGUUUUAGGGGAAAAUCAUUUCCCUUUUAUGACAGUGUCAACAACAUGCAGAGAAAACCCUGAAGUGUUUUUAUCCCAGCAAGGGCUUUUCCAGCCUAAAGCUGCUAUUUUGCAGUAAUAUCAGCUUAGCAGGAUCACACGCGUUUGACUGCAAAUCUCCACUUUGCAAGAAACAGAAUCGGACAGGAAAAUGUUUUCACAGUUUCUCACUUUUUUUCUCAUUUUCUCUGCUGGUGGUUCAUAGCCAUGAAUUUAAAAAUAAAUACAUUUAAUACAUAGAAGGAUGUUUUUUUUUCAGUAUAAGCUCCAUAUCAGCCAUCCAGCAACUCCUCCAGAGUGUUGCCUGGUGUUUACCGACCAACAUUUCUGCCAGCAUCACCUUCAGCAGCAUCAGAGAUGACCUUUGAAGUAGACGUUCCCAUCAGCAGCCGCCUCUCCCCAAAUUAAAAUAGUGUCUGAGUGGCCAUUUUUAUCUGACAAUUAAAACUAUGCGGUGCGAAAUAUGAGUCACAGCGACUGUGAGAUGAUUAAAAAAUGACAACAACAUGUACGGAUGCUGUUUUAAUCAGUGGUGGAGGAUUCCUUUGUUUCCAUUUCAAGAGAGAAAUGCAGUUAAUGUGAUGAAAAAAUUACCCUGUGAUAGUUUACUAUAUUAUUGUUAAUGUGUACGUGUGUUUUUAAGUUGGUUUUUUUUAGUCGUUUUGUUUGUAGAAAUUCAGAAAGUUAUAUCGAAGACACAUUUAUAGUGUUUAAAUGAUUAAAAUAACAGUUUAACCCUAUAAAUUAUUAAAAUAAAUAUUAAACUGUCACAAAAACAGUCUUAAGGCAAAGCAACAAAGCGCCAUGUUUGACAAUCUGGAGUUGUAAAAGUUUAAGGCUUGAAGGUAUUAAGCUCUGCUUUUCUUUACUGUUUUUAACAUUUCCCAAACUCUUGAUCUGAAAAGCUUUAGUUAAAGAUAAAAGAAGUUAUCAAGCAAGCUCUCUGCAACAAGUGCAGUACAGUAACGUGUUAAAGUGGCACAAAGAUAAAGAACCACAACGUUUCUACCUGGUUUAAUUAAACAGGUAGGUUAAUUAAGAGGAAGAAACAUGGAGCUCUGCGGAUGUUUCCCUCCGUCUGACUGCAGCUCUGUUAAAGUCGGACGUGAAGCUGGUUUUGAGUGAAAUGAACCUUUAAUGACGCAGCAGCUGCUCAUCUGCAUCAAAUCUAAUGUUAUCUGUGUCAUGUGAGGAUACGACAUGCCUUAACGAGUAAACACGCUGUAAAUUGUGUAAACAUUAAUAUUAGUAUGCUGAUGUAUUCCAGUGUGUAUAGUGAGACAGUUAGCCAAGGAUAAUGUAGCCUGUGAUAAUGUACGUCAUCACAGGCCAGUCUUCAGCAUCUCUGUGUUACUUGUGUGGACAUUUUUAAUCGCACAUGCAGUCCUGCACCGACUAAUCUUUAGCUGAUCGCUGAAAUACCACCGUUUUAAAUCUCAGUACGCCAACAAAUACUGUAAAUAUUGACCAACAGAGGCUCAGAAACCAAAACACGCUAAUAGUUAUGCAUAAACCUUGUCGUAGUCGGGAGUCAUUCCUGUCUGUUAGCAGCUCCUGAAGCUCAGUAUCCAAUUAACAUUCAUGAUUUAGCACUGACCAUUGAGAUUAAUGAUGCUAUGAUAGAAUAAUAUAAUCAGCAAAUACUGAGCUCACAGUAUAAUUCAUAUGAAUUAAUUAUCAGCUUUAGUGUCCAUAACAGGUAUUAAAACACACAUUUAUGAGCAGGGUCCUGCCAUACUUAUCUGCUUUGCCCCGUCAUCUCCGCUGGAUGAUGCAGUUUUGAACUCUGCUCUUUUUCCUGGUCAGUCCAAAACCCUGCUGAAGUGUCACCGAGUAAGAAAUAACUCUCCCAGAUCUCUGGCUGAAAUCAUGUGAAGGGGAAGGAAUUGAUCACGCAAAAGGUUCCCAUAAAUAUGACGACUGAAAAUUAUAGAGGAUUUUAUUUCUACUAAGUGUCCAGAUUCAGUUUACCAACAAAAAUGCAUCAAAGCAUCCUCACAUUUAUAAGAUGUAAAUAUUUACCUGCUAUUAGAUUAAGAUACACAAUUUAAUUAUCUUUUCCUACUUUUCAGCACCAGGUUGAGGGUGUCUUUGUCACCUGUCUCUUGAUAAAUAACCAAAUGGACCUAAAAGACUAUUUAAACUUGAAUUGAGCAUGUUCAGGAUGCAGGAGGGAUUUGGUCGAAAUAAAUAAAAAAAUUGUGCAUUUAAAAAAAAAAAGAACAAAGGGAGGUUAUUCGGGGUUUUGAACAACAGCAAAGCUCUUUAACAGACUGCAGUGGCUUGCAUAACGAAAUAUUGUUAGUAGGAUCAUGUUUUUUUUUUAAAUUGUGAUUUUAUAUGUUGACAGCUGGGAGAGACUCCGCCCCCCCGUGACCCUGAGUGGGAUUGAAGUGGGUGCAGAAAAUAAAUGAAUGUGGAUCUGUGGCAUGACAAUCCUCCAACGUCACCACACUUAUCCGCUUAAAGCCCUUUAAUACUAUUCAAACACAGCUUUACAGAGACAACAUUUUAAACUGUUUCUGUUGGGACGAGGAUGAGGUGGCGAAGAUGAGGAUGAGGUGGAGAAGAUGAGGAUGAGGUGGAGAAGAUGAGGAUGAGGUGGAGAAGAUGAGGAUGAGGUGGAGAAGAUGAGGAUGAGGUGGAGAAGAUGAGGAUGAGGUGGAGAAGAUGAGGAUGAGGUGGAGAAGAUGAGGAUGAGGUGAGCUGAUUCCUGAAAAGGUGGAUUUUCAGCUCGUUGGUGGAAGUUGAGGAGUUUCUGUUCGAGGCCCGCUCAGGUUUCAGCUCUCACCUCCAGGGAAGAGCAAACAGACCGACGUGGCUCAGCUGUAGGUUUUAACGAGCAUGAAGAAGCCGUCUGACCCUGAUUAGGCGAGGAAGGCUGGCUCUGCUGCAGCCUGCGGCCCCUCAGUAGUGGGGGGUGCGUCAACGCCAAAAUGAAAGGGGAAAUAACUGCGACUGAUGCUUCACUGCACAUAAGUUGGACACAGAGACGUGGAAGAAGUUUUAUUUUCUUGUUUGGCCACAUGGAGGGAUGAAAGUAGUCGAGUGGAAAGGAAAGUGAAAGAUUUGAGAUUGCUUGUGUGGAUAAAGUACCUGCUCUGAAAGCAUAAUUUCACUGAUGUUAGACAUCAAAAGCCCCAAUCACAGAGUGGGUAAUUACAAAAUUACAUGCCCUGCUCUGUUUAAUUGCUGAUGAUAACUACGAGAGCUACCAGCUGUCACCGACACUGUGUUGUUUGUUUGUGCUGUGAACUUUCCACUUGUCUAGAAUUUGUGAAACAGAUUUCUCUUAAUCACCUCCGGGCUUGUUUGCAAGAGCGUUCGGCGCAUUUUAAUACGUUUCAUUCGCAGAGAUGAAGGUGAGCGGUUUGUUUUGCUUCUGAAUGUUGCAAAGAAAAAUGUAGAGCAUCUACCUAGCAUCAACUGAAGAAUUUUACUAUAUAAAAUAAAGAGUGAAUGACAACCUAACAUUUAGACGUAGGAAUCCCUGUUAUUAUAAAUCAGAAAGUUAGUUCCACUGUUUGAAUGUUCAGACUUUAUAUGAGCACCUUGUCCAAAGACACGAGCGUAAAUCAAUCUUUUCUCCGUCUUCAGCACAAUGACUCUUAUUACCGCAGAGAGAGUCUAUUUAUGUGAAGUACUGCUGCUGGAGUAGUUCUUGGAUGUCACAGAAAGUCCUUGCCAGAACAAAACAGAGGAGAUGAAGCCUGAAUGCCUCAGAAAAAAAAGAUUUGCUUUCAGAUAAACAAGCCUGUUUUGUGGGGGAACAAAGUGUUUUUGAUCCUCGGCAAGGCAAGUUUAUCCGUACGGUACAUUUCAUGUACAAGACUGUUAUGUUUUUUACACAUAAACAUGAAAAAGUGCAUUACAAAAUCUUUUAUAAAAUUACAGAGAGUCAGGCAUGAGUUAAAAAGGACUACAACCAAUCAAAUGUAAGAAAUAAAGAUUACAGUGCAUUGUGGGAGAUUACUCAAAUGCAGCAGUAAAUAAAAAGGUUUCGACUUAAAGAGCCAAAUAUCAGUGGAGACAUUGGAUAUAUAAGGCCAGUAAGUGCAAACAAGACGAAUGAAUAUUAUCUCUUAUUACUGAUCUACAGUGUGUCAUUCUUCUGUCUGAAAUGACCUAAAUAAGACUUAUACCAACACUUACCAGUCCCAUAAGCUACGGUGUGGGCUUCAUAUGGAGCACAGUUUUUAAAAGGAAAACGUUUCUGUGAACUGGCACAAUUGAACAGAUGCAAAUCUAAAAGACGCAUUUUUGGGACUUUUGUCUGUGUUUAAUUCCUUUGUGAUCAGACGUAAUGUUCGUAUGAAUCAAACGGAUGAGGGAAACAGACUUUCUUAGCCCUUCACGAAGAGCUUUAUGUCAUCUGUAAAACCCUCAGUCAUGGCUCUGAUGUCAUCCUCAUGUGGUUUAUAAAUUAUGGGCAUCCCAAUCUGGAACUUCAAAGUAUCACUGCAGACCUUCUUCAGCUUCUCCGGACCACGUUGGUUUUUUGUUACUUCUGAACAAUUGAUAGUCGUUGGACGUCAGAAGGUUAUACGAGGCUUAAGAGCUGAAGACAGCGCUAACAUUUACGAGAGUGUUUUAUUUCUCUCUAUCCUGAUGACAUUAGGAGAAGUUAACAAACACUGUCUUAAACAGCCCAGCUGAAAAGUGUCAGCUGAUACUAUCAGGAAAAUCACAGCCAAUAUUUCAAUAUCUGAGGUGUACAGGCACUACUUCACAGUAGCAGGGAUUACCUCAUUUGUUUCUGCAGUCUUGUCUCCCCAUAUGAAGGGGAAGUGACACAGGGAGGCGUUGGAGUUGAGGUGAAACACAAUCCUCCACAGGCAAGGCAAGGCAAAUUUAUUUAUAUAGCACAAUUCAACACAAGGUAAUUCAAAGUGCUUUACAUUGACAUUAAAAGCGGCAAGACAUAAUUAGACAGUACAUAAUUCGACAUAAUUAGACAGUAAAUAACAAAUAUAAUUGAAUAAGAUGAUAAGAAAAGAAGUAAAAUAAUAAAAAGCACCAGCUGUUAAAAAUAAGGGCAGUAGAGUACAGCAGGUAAGUUUAAUUUAGGGGUACGCUUGAGUAAACAGUAAUGUUUUAGGCCUGAUUUAAAGGAGCUGACAGUUGGAGCAGACCUCAGGUCUACAGGAAGUUUGUUCCACCGGUGAGGAGCAGAAUAACUGAACGCUGCCUCACCUUGCUUGGUUCUUGUUCUUGGGACACACAACAAACCAGAUCCAGAUGAACCUCAGGGGUCUGGGAGCUUCAUAGGAACUAACAGAUCAAACAUGCAUUUUGGUCCAAGACCAUUCAGUGCUUUGUAGACCAGCAGUAAGAUUUUAAACUCUAUCCUUUGACUCACUGGAAGCCGGUGUAGUGAUUUCAUGACCGGUGUAAUAUGGUCCAGUUUCCUGGUGUUUGUAAGGACUCUGGCGGCAGCGUUCUGGAUCAGCUGCAGCUGCCUGAUUGAUUUCUUGUUAAGGCCUGUAAAGAUGCCAUUGCAAUAAUCCAACCUACUGAAAAUGAAUGCAUGAAUAAGUUUUUCCAUGUCUUGUUUAGACAGAAUCCCCUUAAUUCUAGCAAUGUUUUUCAGGUGGUAAUAUGCAGAUUUAGUGGGCACAGGCAGUCAUUCCCUAUGAGCGCUGGAUGAUGAAAUGGUUUUAGUUCCUCCUCUUUGAUGUUCUGCCCCCAUGUUGUUUUCAAUUAUCCAAGAGUUGAGAGAGUUUCACUCCAGGCGUACAAAUAUUAUGAGCUGAAUUAAGUUGGUUUAAGUCUAAAAAAGCGUCUGAAAAAAAUUGUUUCAUGGAGAGAGAAAAAAAGUGAAUGCACAAAAUUUUAUGUAAUUUCACAAAUCAAAAUAAUUUCCAGAUGUUUGUCCCGGAGCCUCAGUCUCUGCUAACUGCAGCUGUGGUCUGGGUUCAUCGCCCGGCGUAACCACGACACCCACUUUCACCGUGACCAGAGGUCGGCUACAAAACAGCUGCUUGGGAUUCAGAACGAUGCUCAAGGACACUUCAGCAGAGUCUGGGGCCACGACCCUGAGUUCAGUCUCAUUAAUCACGACACGGGCUGCUGCCUCGGAGAAAAUCCAGUGAAGGUUGUCGUGACAACAAGGUCCUUUUUCAAAACCUCAAAUGAGCUGAAGGAUUAAUGGAGUUUACAGUAAACAUCCUCCUUGUUUUAUUUUUGUUCAGCUCACAAAAAACACCCACAGGAAGGUCAUACCUGGACAGGACCGCCUCCCUUUAGUGUUUAAUGCACAAUAUGCACAAAUAUAACACACAGCAGUAGCAUUUUACUCAGACUCAAUGAAUGUACACAUCAAUGCUGGAGGUGGCGCAUGCAGUGACGUCACGCACUAACUCAAUAUCUGUCACUCUCACAUGAAACUGUUGUGUAAACGUGUAAAACAUUCCUCUUCCUCUUCUUUUUUCCUCCCGUCUGGGACAUAGAGAGUUGACAGAUGCAUGUUUCAUGAGAUAAAGUGACAUUUAAUAGUAAUAGAAUGCCUUUUUAAUGUAAAGUCCACAGAAUUGUGAAAAAGAUGCUUGUUUUAAAGGGUAAAAAAUCCCAAACCAUUAUUAAUUUCUCAGUUUCAAACACUCAACCCUGAAUUGGAUCAAUUUAUGAGGUUAUUUUGUUGAUAGACAUAAGUGAAAUCAGCAGUAAUCACUGGAAAUCUGCAUUACUCACUUGUGUUCUGUUGCUUUAUUGUUUGAAAAUAAAAAUGUCACUUCGUAUGCCUUUAAUUCGUUAAUGAUCUUUGCUUUGUUGUACCAAAUGGCACAUUGGAAACCAGAUUCCCUUUAAAAGAAAGUGCACGUCGCCCUUGAAACAUCCGGGUAUAUGCAGCGACAUGUUCAGCCUUCAAAAUAAUAGCCGUGACAAUGUUACCGUCAGUUCAUGAAUUUAUACGUCUUUGGAAGUACACAAAAUGUUCCUGUCAAAGUGACAUAUCACUUUUAAAGGAGAAUAAAUUGAUGGAUAUUUAAGUCUAUGAAAUGUAUAAAAUGAAAUAAGAGUAUAAUGUAGCCUUAUUGUCUGUGUCUGUUUGUAAAUUGCAAAUGUGAAUCCUUUGCCAUCAAUGUAUGAAAAUAACAGUAACUUUGAGCACAAAAUAUAGACAUUAAAGGCAUAUAUCAUUUUAAAAUAUAAUGUUUUUACUUUGCAUUUACUUAUAUGCUGAUCUUGUGAGAAUGUUCAUAGUUUGAAGAGUGAAUAUGCUGAAAAAUAUUUAUAUUAAGUAGCAAAGAAAACUAAAUUAAUAAUGUACAAUCAUUUUUGCAAUAUUACAUCAAAGAAAUUACCUAAACCUUUAAUCUGAGAUAAUAACAGAGAUGUCCCGGCUGGCUCAGAGAAAAUAAUUCUGUUGUUUAUAUUUACUGUUUCAUUAAUUUCUCUAAAGAAGCCGUUUAAACUCAUCUGCUUCAAGACCAUUUAUUUGUUUUAGUGGUACUUUGUUAAGUCAAUGGGCCUCAAACAAACCUUAAAUAUCGUUCUUCUGUUACGAAAACGGCAGUUUAUCUGGUACAAUGAAAAACAUGUUUAUUUGCAUUAGUUCAUUUACAUCUCCAUUAAUUUAUAUGUGUAUAUUUUUUUUUCCCUGUGUCUUUUGUGUGGAUUUAUAUAUCAUCAGGUUUUUGUUGUAUAGUUGUGAAAUUCAAGUAGAUUUUUUUUUCCAUUUCUUACUCAGAUGAAGUGGUUUAUGGAGUUUUUAACUGAUUAUUUUAUUGCUGAGUUACUUUUACACAUGAUGCUUUUGUUCAGUCCCGACAGGAUGUCAAGUUUAUGUUGGAUUCUUUUCUUUAAAAAAGAAAACUGCUGUAUUUCAUCAAAUGAGAACUUUGUUUUCCUAUAAGAGUUUAAAUGAUGAUUUUAUUUUAUCUUUACAAGAAUCCUGACAUUUGGAUGUGAGACACUUUAUCGUUUUAACACUGGAACAACUUUCUUACUUCUGCCACUCAGUGAUAAAUGGUCAUUUUCGCAGAUGCGAGGUGUCUCCCCAUCUGAUAUGACGAGAAUCACAGUCUAAAACUGAAGACACCUGAAGCCACAUGUAAACACAAAUAUGCACAUAAACAUCAUGCACCUUUACCUGCACAGAACUUAAGGUGUGGCAAGAGUGAAGGCACCUCAUCCAUUCAUGACAAUAAAUACUAACAAUUAAGGAUCAAUCAGAUUAUGAUUCUUUCCUCUCCUUCAUUUGCUAAUACACUCUUCUUUGGUGCUCUAUAAAUAGUUACAGAUGUGUAACAGUUGUGUGCUUUGGGAUGCCCUCAAGAAAAGAACGAGACUGGCGCAAGAUGAAAGUUGAUUCAUGCAGCAUUUUAGCCAAAAUAUGAUGCUGUACCUGAGUACACGUCUCCCUCCUGAUUAUGUUUGGUGUUUGAUUAGCUGAAGAGUAAACGGGGUCAUCAGUUCUCCUUUGACACGGCUGAUGCUUGUCCUCACUGUAGAUGAAGCUGUUUGUAGCCUCUCGUUUAAUCCAACCUUUUUCUCUUUUUUUAAAACCUCUAAGGCGUUAUUUGCCGUAAAUUCACGGCGCUGAUCGUUUUUCUGUCUCUUUUCUAUUGAUCGGUUGUUAUUCUGGUUGUAAAACCAGAGCUGAGACCCCCAAACAAAUAAGAUUUUCUUUACUUCUUUUUUCACUGACUGAUUCAUGAUUAAGAAGGUGUUUGUGUACAUACAAGUUCACGCUGAUGGAGCGUGAGAACAGAGAACCAUAUAUUCAUGUAUGGCUUUAUAAAGACGGUUAAAAGAAUAUGUAUCCACAUUUCUGCCUUUUGUUCAAACACACAGGUUAAGUCAUUAUUAUAUAACUCCAUUAUGAUGUUAGAAUUAAGCCACAUCGUCAGUAUUAAUUGAUAAUGGUGUGAAGAAAUAUAACGGUAGAAAUGAAGUGAUGGUUGUAAAUGUUAUGACUCCGGAGAUGACUUAAACCGAGACCCUCACUCAUAGUUUUACAAGACGCUGCUCUGUGGGUUUCAGGAAGUCUCUGCAUGUGAUCAGUGUGCGACGCUGUUGAGGUCUGAUGCCUUGUUCUUGUACAUAAUGAGGAAUGGUAUCCUUUAUGUAACGAUUCUGCAGAUUUUUAAGUAACACUUUGUU